AUGUCGACGGAGACCACUACAUUGCCAACUAGCGAAAUUUUUGAUGAGCAAAUUGAAACGCUUGCUGAAGGCUGUAGUGUAUUUCUCAAAGACGUUACAAAAAAAUACACCAGCCGUGGUGCGAGAAAAAUUGCUGUUAAGGAUGUCACCAUGGGUUUCCGUAAGAACGAAGUCACUGCAUUGCUGGGAGAGAAUGGGGCCGGCAAGUCCACAACUAUUAGAAUGAUAAGUGGUCACAUCUCUCCUUCGUCUGGCGUCAUCGUCGUAGAAGGAAAAGAAAUCAGUGGCAAUACUCGAGUGCACAUCGGCAUUUGUCCGCAACAUAACGUGCUUUUUCCAUACCUUACAGUAUUCGAACAUUUACGCUUCUACGCUAUCUUAAAGAAGCACACGCUAUCACAG